AUGGCGGAUUCUCCCCUCCUAAAGGGACCAACCUCCAAGGAGCGCAAAUACGAUCGCCAAUUGCGACUAUGGGCCGCAACUGGCCAGCAAGCACUAGAGGAUGCUCGAGUGCUGCUUGUGAACUCUGAUGGUCCUCUAGGUUACGACCUUACUGGAGUCCCAGGCGUAGCUGGCGUUGAGGCGCUGAAGAACUUGGUUCUGCCAGGCAUCGGUGGCUUCACUAUUGUGGACCCAGCAACAGUAACCGAAGCUGAUCUGGGAGUAAACUUCUUUCUCGAAGAAGAGUCCCUCGGCAAGUCACGCGCUGAUGAAACAUGUCGCUUGCUGAAGGAACUCAACCCUGAUGUUCAGGGUUAUUCUUACACGAAGGUUCGCGUGGAUCUUUCUCACCAAAGCGAGAAUAGUGCUAAUCCACAUCAACAGUACAUUGAAGACCUUCUCUUUGAUCCUGAUUUUCUUCCUCGGUUUCAUCUGGUGAUAAUAUCUGGUCCGACGAGUAGCUCUACAAUGGGACAGCUCUGCCAGAGUGCCAAGGCAUUGAGCAUCCCAGUCUUGUACCUGCACUCCGUCGGGUUCUGUGCCACUUUUUCACUCCAACUGCCCUCGGAAUUUCCCAUUGUGCAAACUCACCCAGAUCCAGAGUCAACACAAGACCUUCGUCUCUUGAAUCCGUGGCCCGAGCUCGUAACCGCAGCUUCAGCUCUCGAUCUAGACAGUAUGGACGAUCACAUCCACGGUCAUGUUCCAUACAUCCUCCUUUUGCUUCACUUCCUCGAGCAGUGGAAGCAAGCACAUGCAGGCAUUGCCCCGUCCAGCUACAAGGAGAAAACAGAAUUCCGCGACUUCGUCCGCUCAAAUGCCCGCACCAGCAAUGCAGAAGGUGGCGAAGAGAACUUCGACGAGGCUGUCGCCGCAGUUUUGAAAACCAUAUCUCCUUUUAACCUGCGCAGUUCGACCCGUGAGAUUUUCGAAACGGAACACUGCCAGCGACUGACGGCCCAGUCCCCUGAUUUCUGGGUCAUCGCAUCAGCUGUUAGCACAUUUUACAAUGUGCAUAACGUCUUGCCGCUACCCGGCUCAUUGCCCGAUAUGAAAUCCCAGUCGGCAGACUACGUUGCGCUGCAGAACAUAUACAAGACGAAAGCACGACAAGACAAGGAAGAAGUUACGGCAACAGUGCGGAAGCUCGAGUCCCAGCUCGCUCGAACCACGUCCAUCUCUCAACAGGAAAUUGAAGUUUUUUGCAAGAACGCAGCACAUAUCAAACUUGUACGCGGAAGAAGUAUUCCACAGCUUAGCGUCGACAGCGACGCGAAAAUUUUGAAGACUAUUCGCAGCCAACUGAAAAUUCCAGAAUCAUUGGUAUCUGUGUUUAUCGCGUGUCAGAUUCUGGAUGCUGUCGUAGGCGAGGUUCAGGAUCAGAUACACGGUAGCCAUCGUGACAUUGAUGACGAUGACCUUUGGGCUGCGCAUAAAGAUCGCAUUCUUGCUCUAUUGACUCGCGAUGACUCUACGCCUUUAGGACCGGCUGAACUUCUCAGUAUUGACCAGGGUAUCCAGGAAUUGCGUCGGGCUGAGGGUGGGGAGUUGCAUAAUAUCGCUGCUUUGCUGGGAGGACUAGUUGCACAGGAGGCACUGAAGGUUAUUACGCGGCAGUAUGUGCCUCUUGAUAACACUUGUGUCUUUCAUGGGGGUCUUAGUCGGUCUGAGACGUACAACCUUUGA